AUGCACGCCAGUUGUGCACCACGACCAAAUACGGGAUCAUCGUCGACUGUGUGUCAGCUAUCGCUCUUGGACUGUAACUUGCAUGUAUCGGCUCCGAAGAUGUCAGCAGCAACGGGAGACGAGCAAUUGCAUGUUUUUAAUCCGGUAGAUCCAGCAGGUAGCUACGUAUUGGACCUCAGUGACGCCUACGAGCACAUGGUAGCACACGAAUUACUGCGACUUGCAGUAGCGAAAUCUGCACGUUUCCACUUUACAAAGCUCGAGUAUAACGCUGGGAAAUAUCUAAAACCAGUCGCAUUGCUGUUCCAGCGACUUGAUGAAGACGGAUCGGGCUAUGUGGAGUAUAGUGAGCUUGGAAAUGCUCUACGUAGCUGCGGUCUCGAAGUUUCUGACGCCCAACUCGCGAGGUUACUUGAAAAAUAUGAUUAUGACAAAAGUGGGUCUGUUCACAAACGAGAAUUUGCUGAUCUCUUCGCUCGUGUUGGGUUUACGUUUGUCGAUUCGAAUAAUUCCGGUUCAUUAGAUACAGACGAGCUUCGACGCGCAUUUCAGCUACUGGGUGUGUCGGAAGAAGCCGAAGUCGACGAUGCCAUUGCUCGCAUGACUGCUAAGUACGAUCUGGAUGAAAGCCAACGGAAACGAGGACGCGAAAAUAAUGAGACUUGA